UGAAUGAGUUGUACGCGCGGCGAGUAUACUCGAAAAAUUCCCCAAAAAAAAAAUCAAAAGAUUUUCGAUAGCAAAAUCGACGAAUUUUAUCAAGUGGAGUCCAAGUGACCCAAACUAGUGUCUUCCUCUCACAAACAAAAUUUUAUACAAAACCAAACCAAAAAAAAUCUCUCAAAGUGCAAACUGUUUUUCCGCCUUUUCCAAUUACAAUUUUUUUUGUUUUAUUUUUCGAUGUGAGUGUGGAAAUUAUUGUGUGCAAUAAGCGGCGAAUGCAGGCCAACAGAAAUCACAGCCUCAAAUACUGCAACAUCAGCAUUGGCAGCAGCAGCAGCAGCAGCAAUUGCAGCAAUCUACAUGCGGUCGUCUAACUGUAAAGCACUUGGCAACGGUCAGCAGCAGCAACAAGUGGAACGCACAGCAGCAGCAGCAGCAACAUCGGCAUUUAUUGCAUAAACAACACAUACAAAGACAGCACACAUAUACAUAAAAAGUUGGUUAUAAAAAAUAAGAAAAGACAACAAUUGCCAACUGAUAUUGGCCAAAUGCAUUAAGAACCAUGGCGGCAAUUACGGCAACAACAGGUGGCAACGCCAGCAGCAGCAGCAGCAGCAACAUAUUGCGAUUGGAUUUGGAUCAGCGUCAAAGGCCGAUGCGCGGUAUUUCGAUAAUCAUUGAAUCAGCAGCAUCCGAAGCUCAAGGUACAGCAGCAGCAGCACAACAAGCAGCUGCAGCAACAACAAGCAGCAGCAGCAGCAGCAACACUAGCAACAACAACAGCAAUGCUGAAAUGUCGCUCAAGUCACAGGCUGGCAUGUUGCUGGCAUUUGGCGACAGCAGCAACACAAACACCACAGCAACACAAGCAUCAGCAGCAGCAACCAAAGAUAAUUUGGAAACUAGUUACGACACGGCAGCAACAUUCACAGAUACAGCCACCACUAGCAUCACAACCACAAAAAUCUAUCCACAGUUGUUGUUGCGCAUUGGAGAGUCCGAGGAUAACGGAGAAAUUGCCAGCACAUCAGCAGCAACAUCAGCUGCAGCAACAACAACAAGCACCAUUAUCAGCUGCAAUGCGUUGCCAGCUGCAGCUGAAGCAGCAACAGCAGCAGCAGCAACAACUUCAGGUGAAAUUAAAGACAGCGACAUUGUAGUCGUUGCUAGUCAGCCAGCAGCAACAGCAGCAACAGCAUCAGCAGCAGCAGCAGCAACAUCAAAUAGUGCAGUGACCGAACACACGGUUAAAAUUCAAAUCGAAAGCCAGACUCUGGCCCGAAAUCUAGGCAAGCAGAUCAGCGUGGUGAAGCUCAACGAGGGUGAGGAGAUGGUUUACCAUCAGCAGCAGCCACAUCCCCAGCAGCAGCAACACCUCCAGUUUCUCGUGUCCAGCGGCCAGUAUUCGCCCUGCGAGACCUUGGACAGCGGCACUGGCAGUGACCUGGAGAGCGUCAAGUCGCCAGAAAUCAUAGCCACCACCUCCAUUGCCAGUGGCGGGCAAGUGCCCAAGCUGGAGCUACACCUGACCACCAACCGGCUGAAGGUCAGCGAGGUGUCAUCGCCACUGCGUGCGUACAGUCUCACCGACUCUGGCGAGGAGUGUGACGAGAGCAGCAGCUCCUCCCUCAGCUGUGACUCGCUGCAUUCGGGUGGCCUCCUGCCCACCUCGCUGCUCCGGGACAUACACAGUCACCGGCAGGUGACACGGCAGGAUAUUGCACCCUUGAUAACCACCAAGAUCGAUGGCAGGCCGCUGCAAUAUGAGGCCGAUCGCUUCUAUAGCUUCCAUGUCAAUGAGCAUGAGAAUUUCCGUAGCUUUGGUUCCACAUCGUCGGCCUCAUCGACGCCGGAAUACGAGGGGAAUGCCGGCUUUCAGGAGGAACCGUCGCAGGACGACGAAGAUGCCUUCGUUGGCUAUCGGGAUGUGAGAGUGCUGGGAACGUCGGGCAAGUCGUCGGCCAAUUCCACCAUUAGAUCUGCCAAGGGCACAGUGAGGGGUGUCAAGAAUCGUGUGCGCAAUGGAGUAGCCACCUUCUUGCAACUGCAACAGCCCAAUGUCAAGAACUACUUGGAAAAGGACAUGGGCAAGGUCGUCCUCUACUCCACCAGCAUGGGCAUCAUCAGGGAAACGUAUGCCAAGUGUGCCAAUGUCAAGCAGAUUCUGCGCACCCUGCUGAUCAAGUUCGAGGAGCGGGAUGUCUUCAUGAGCCUGGAGUAUCAGCAGGAGAUGCGGGAAAGGAUGCACGACGAGGCCAUCAGUGUGCCCCAGCUAUUCGUAGAAGGCCAGCACAUUGGGGAUGCCGAUACUGUGGAGAGGUUGAACGAGAGCGGGGAACUGCGACAAAUGCUGAAACCAUACAAGUCCAUUGCCACAGCUUAUACGUGCCAGAUGUGCGGUGGAUAUCGCCUGCUGCCCUGUCCCUCGUGCAGCGGCUCCAAGAAAUCCGUGCAUCGCAAUCAUUUCACCGCCGAGUUCGUGGCCCUCAAGUGCAUGAAUUGCGAUGAGGUGGGCCUGGUCAAGUGUCCCAACUGCUGAAGGAAGGCAUAGAGUGCACCCGAAGGAGGAGGUUAAUUAUUAGUCCCCGCAAAACAACCCCCCGUAAUAUGUACUAUAUCUAUCUUUAUUUUUUUUUUUGGUAUCUGCUUUGAGAUGAGGAGUUCUUUUUUUUUGUGCGCAAUUCUUGUAGUCGCUUAUUAUUAACAGUUGUGAUAUUUGAGAGCAGUUUUUGUGGGGCCGGAAGUGAUUGGCCGAAAUGGAAUGGAACGGAAGACACACACACACACAAACAAACGAAAAAGCCUAUAUAUGUGAA